AUGCCCUACUAUCCCUACCGGUGCAAGAAGUGUCACAAAAGAUUUUCAACAAAGCAAGCAUUAGGUGGACACCAAAAUGGCCACAACUACGAGAAGAAAUUGAUGAUGUCCACCUUCCCGCAUCGUGCCACUUCAACUAUUCCCGAAAACUUCUCGGUGAUCAACUCUAUACACAAACCAACGGCUUCUAUAAACGCAAUGAAUCACUCGGUGGUUUGGUCGUUACGAGAUCAUCAAAAUCAUUAUCAGGAGGCUCUUGAAGAAGAUCAUCGGCCUCACCAUUUCCGGUUUGUUUCACCGGUUCAAGAGGUUGCAAGAAAGGAUGACGAGAAGGUUAAAGUAGCGACCAUUAACUUUCUCGAUGCUGAUUUAUCUCAAAAAGAUUGGAUGUGUGCCAAUGAUAUGGAUCGUGAUUACGAUAAAGCUAAUCUCGAUGUUGGCUUAGACUUGAGCUUGCACCUCUAG